AUGGAGGCCACUGCAAUUUAUGAUUACUCUGCCUCACAUGCUGACGAAUUGUCAUUUCACGUGAAUGAUAUCAUAAAGAUACUGAAUGAAGGGGAUGGACAGUGGUACAAUGCCGAGUUGAAUGGUAAAUUAGGAAUAGUCCCAGCAAAUUAUCUGACGUUUGAGCCACCAAAGUGA